AUGAUUUGCCUGGGUCAAUCUGUUACCUUAAAAGCCAGCGGAGCAACGAGCUAUACCUUUAAUCCCGGAUCUUUCACAGGAAGUAUGGUGGUUGUAAUUGUUGCUACCAUCGGCACUAAACUUUAUCCCAGUGAAGGCGAGCCUUUCGAAAUAAAAAAAUCAAAAAUCCGUGGCGCUGUGAGCGAAGGUAUGCUGUGCGCUGAAGAUGAAAUUGGUCUUGGCAAAAGUCACGCCGGUAUUAUGAUUUUACCAGACAGUACUAUUAUCGGGACACCUGCUUCCGAAUAUUUUAAAGUAGAGAACGAUACUGUUUUUGAAAUUGGUUUAACUCCAAACAGAAGCGACGCUGCUUCACACUUAGGUGUAGCAAGGGAUUUGGCCGCUAUUUUAAAUUCACAAAACUCAGAAAAAAAACACGAAGUCUGUAUUCAGGGUCUGCACGAGCUUGGAGAAGCAACAAGUAUUAAUGAAGUGGAGAUUGUAGUUGAAAAUCCUGAAGCCUGCAAACGUUACUCCGGAAUUGUCAUUACAGGUGUGGAAGUAAAAGAAAGUCCUGAUUGGUUAAAGAAUCGUCUUCAGGCCAUUGGUCUGCGUCCUAUCAACAACAUAGUUGACAUUACCAAUUUUGUAUUACAUGAAUUAGGUCAGCCUUUACAUGCAUUUGAUCUUGAUAAAAUAAAAGGUAAAAAAGUAGUUGUAAGAACAGCAAAAGAAGGCGAAAAAUUUAAAACGCUGGAUGAUGUAGAACGCACUUUGAAAAGCAACGACCUUGUGAUUUGCAACGCAAGCGAACCCAUGUGUCUUGCCGGAGUAUUUGGAGGCGCUGACAGCGGUGUGACUGAAAAAACAACAGGAGUAUUUUUAGAAAGCGCUUAUUUUGAUCCGGGCUUUGUGCGCCGUUCUUCGAAACAACACGGAUUAAAAACAGAUGCUUCCUUUCGUUUUGAAAGAGGAACAGAUCCGGAUAUAACGGUUACCGCUUUGGUGCGUGCAGCCAAUUUAAUUUUUGACAUUGCCGGUGGAAACCUGAGCAUGGAA